AUGAAAAAGAUCUUGUCAGAUGGUGCGCCAUUAACUAGCAGUCAAAUUGAGGAAAUGAUACACGGUGACGAAUAGCAGAUUCAGCAGCAAGAACCUAAAGAAGCAGAGUUGAAGUUUUCCUCAUUCGUGAUUGAGAUAGAAAUUCACCCAAAGCCUAAACCAGAAACAUAUGAUAGGCAAUUAUAAGCAGAUAUAGAAGAUCCAAAUAUAAAAGCUUAGCAAAUGCAGUAGUUUGAGGAUGAUUAUGCACCUCUUGACAAUAACUUAGUGUUUGGAGAAUAAGCCGCUAGAAAAGGCACAGUCGUCUAAGUAGGACUGAUUUCAGCAGCUGGCGGGGGUGUUGCUCCUUCAGUCAAUGAUAGUUCUAAUCAUGGAUCUCCGAGCAAAGAAGAUGCCAAUGAACUUAAAAACGAAUUGAAAGUACUUACCAAGGAGGAAUAGAAGAGUCUAAUGAAGACAAAGGAAUUCGAAAAUUUCAUCAAUAAGACCUCUAAGAUUGUUGAGAGAGCACUCAGUACAAAUAUUGAUAUUCUUGGCUCAUUCUUUGAUGAUGGUCAUGAUGAAAGUUAAAAGAACUCUGGAGCUCAGAAAGGUGAUAAGAUUACAGCUCUAUUUACAUUCUAAGAUAAUGAACCACUAAAGAGAGCUAUCACAUCUAUUGAAUGGUCUCCAAAGGUGCCUGAGCUUUUAAUGUGCAGCUACUCUAAAUGCAAUGAGUGGAAGGUAGAUGAACCUGAUGGAAUGAUAAAUCUUUAUUCACUUGCACUUAGAAAAAGACCAGAGCAUACACUAGUAUCUCAAUACGAAAUCACUAAGGCAAUCUUCAAUCCUUUCUAGCCAAGUGUGGUUAUUGGUGCUACUUACUCAGGAUAUAUUCUAUAAUGGGAUAUCAGAGCUAAAAAUAUUCCCAUUCAAAAGUCAUGUCUAGCUAAAAACGGUCACAAUCAUCCAGUUUAUUCACUAUCAAUCGUUGGUUCUCAAAAUGCUCACAAUAUUGUUAGUGUAAGUAACGACGGUAAAUGCUGCUUCUGGUCCUUUGGUAUGCUUAAUGAGCCUAAAAUGCACUUCAAUAUUGCUUAAAAUCCCAUUAACCUUGGAGCUGGUGCCUCAGGUUCAGCUGAAAAUUUAAUGAUUAACACUUCUUCUAUGGAUUUCCCAGAAGAUGAAACUGAUAAAUUCUUUAUUGGUAGUGAAGACUUCAAUGUCUAUGGAUGCAGUCUUCACCCAAAUAAUCAAUAGCAUUUGACUUAAACUUUAUCCUCUCAUUAAGCUCCAAUCACUAAAAUUCACAUGCAUCCAGGUGCUUCUCAAAGUGAAAAGAGUAGUGACAUCAGUGAUCUUCUGUUAUCAGCUUCAAUGGAUUGGACAGUCAAGCUAUGGUACCCUAAAGUUAAAAAGGAACCACUUUUCACCUUUGAAAGUUCUCAAGAAUAUGUUUAUGAUGUUUAAUGGAGCACUGUUCAUCCAAGUGUUUUCGCGACAUGCGACGGUGAAGGGUAUAUUGAUAUCUGGGAUAUCAACAGAGACACUGAGGCUCCAGUCACAAGAAAGAAGACUGGCUAGAGAGCUCUCAAUUGCUUAAGAUGGAGUUUAGAUGGAAGAAAGAUAGCCACUGGUGAUUCAGAAGGUUUUGUAAGUCUUUGGUCUAUAGAUAAAGAAAUAAGCAUGCAGAAGAGUGACGAUUUCAUUAAACUGGAAAGACUUAUUCAAUCUCACUAAUAGAUAAAAGUCUGA